CGAUUCACAACUUCACAACUCAUCUCAUCUUUCCUCUCAAUCAAAAUCUUAUCAUCAAUCAAAAUCUUAUCAUCAAUCAUCCUAACAACAAGUUCAUCAAUUCAAGAAUGUCAAACAAUCCAAACAGGUCAUGGCUUCAUUCAAAUCCUACAAUCUCUUCAACCCUUUUAAUUCAACAUCAAUCAAAUUCAUUCAAUUCGAUUCAAACUUCAACUACUACUACUACCACAAGAAGAACUACCAUCUCAUCUCAUUCAUCUGAUUCUGAUUUACCUAAUCAUCAUCAAUCUAAUUCGAACAGUCAUGAAAGUAUUCAUACAUCUAUAGGUCUCAACUUUCCUCCUCCACCACCACCACCUGAAAGACCUCUCCUUUCUCCUUUACUUGCAUUGGCUGCAUAUGCUGCUUUGGCUAUGGCUGCACUUACUGGAUUGGCUGCUGUUUUACUUACUGGAUAUGGUUUAAGUGCAUUUGAUGAUGCUAGACGUCGACUUACUGGUGUGGUAUCUGCUUAUCAUCCAUCUCGUUAUAAUCCUAGUCAAUCAUCAAAUUCUACAUCCGGAACUCCACCUGAGACUUCACAACACGAUCGAUUUCCGCCAUCAGUUCGUACAUCAGCUCGAACUCAACCUGCAGGUUACAAUGUACAAACUCCCAUGGAAAGUAGUGAAGAAUCAGAUGAGAAAGGUAGUACAGAAGGCAGUGGUGGUGUUGGUAGUGGUACUCGAAGGACGACUCAAGAAGAAACAGCAGCAGAUUGUAAUACAGCCGAAUUACAUCCACCUAGACCACCACUUACAGUUUUAGUGGGUUCGGUGAUUUUAACUUUAAUUAUUGUGGCCGUUAGAUUGAUGGUGAUGUGGUGGAUGGGACAACAAGUACCUAAGAAUACAACUAGAGCAUUCCAAAAUGGUAGACGUGCAUAUGAAGCUGCUAAUCGUCGAAAUCUUUAUCAAACUAGGUCGAUGUGGUAAAAGCCAUUUGAUAUAUUUUAAUCUUUCUAGAGAAUUAUGUUUUCUCACUUGAUGAACACUUUCAAUCAUCAAUCAAUCUUAUUAGCUUUUCGUUCAUCAUCAAUCAUCAAUUUUUUAAGCUCAAAGUUUAUCAUUGUAUAAUUAUCUUUCACAAGUUUGCUUUUUACUCUUUUUUCCCUUCAACUCGUCAUCAUCAAACACCAGUUUUUAUAAAGAUUAUGAACCAACUUUAUCACCACUCGAUUUUACACCGAAGCAAUGUUUUAUGUAAAAGAGUUAAGACCCUUUAGUUUUGUAUGGUGUGUAGAAUUGUACACAUGUAAACUCUUACAAGAUAUCUGUAUACUUUUUCUUUGGUUUCGUUGUGAUUAAGUUAAUAUUGUAAUGUUUAUCAAAUAUUUUAUUCUUAAAAUGCUUAGGUUGUUGUUGUGUAUCCUGAGUCUUUUCAUUAUAGUAUAGUAAUGCAUAUAUCUAUAGUAUUGAUCUAUCUAAAUAUAUUUAUUAUUCAAUCAGU